AUGAGUGUUUCUACCGACGAUGAAACGAAUAUUAUUGUGCAAUUCUACGAUAUCCGCGGAGAACCGAAAAGGAAUAAAAGAAUUGAAGAAACAAAUUUUCACAUUGAAAACGUCAAAAAUAUUGCAGAUGCUGUUGGUCCUUACCUACCUUUUGUAUCUAUUGUAUCAGCUGCCAAAAUUGCUAUUAAAGCAUUAAUGAGGCAAUCGGAAGAUAAUCUUGAAAACUUUUGUAAACAAAGUUAUUAUGACUCUUUUCAAAGAUUUGUAAAUUGUUUAAAACAAAUUAAGAAAUUUUGUGUUGAAAUUUCUAAUUUAUCGAAAUUUAAAAGAUUUUUUACAAGCGGGGAUAUUAAAGAUAAAUUUGAAUCAGUUAUCGGAGAAUUUAAUGAAUGUUCCGAUAUUUUGAAUUUGGAAAUUUCUAUAGCCACAAAAGAACAAAUGGAUAAGGACUUUACAAUUUUACAAAAUAAUAUUGUCGCAAUGAAAAAGUUUUUGGAUGAUAUUGAAGGCGGUGUUACAUCUAUUAAAAAUAAAGAAAUUGAUAUUAUAAUUAAAAAUAUUCAACAACAAAAUGAUAAAAUUUUAGAACAAAACAAACAGCUUUUAGGAUUUAAAGAUAGACAUAUAUCACUUAGUUUCGGUUCACUCAAUGAAGAAAUUGAUUCCAUCUCCUCAUUCAGCAAACAAGUAAAUGGACAAAAUUCUUUACAA